GGAAUGUGCGCGCGGUUCUCGCCGGUUAACCGAGCAGCGACACUGGCACUGAGGCAGAGGCUGCUUGAGGAUUGAAUGUCGCACUGACUUCUGAGAGGACUCGCAGCCGAGACGGGGAAGAGGACAGAGAGGCUGUUAGGAUGGCUUCAAACUUCAACGAUAUAGUGAAGCAGGGCUACGUGAGGAUUCGGAGUAAGAAACUGGGGAUCUUCAGAAGAUGCUGGCUUGUAUUCAAGAAGGCAUCCAGUAAAGGACCACGCCGAUUGGAAAAAUAUCCAGAUGAAAAAGCAGCUUACUUCAGAAGUUUUCACAAGAUAACUGAGCUCCACAACAUUAAGAACAUUACUCGAAUGCCACGAGAGACCAAGAAACACGCAGUGGCAAUUAUUUUCUGUGAUGAGACGUCAAAGACAUUUGCCUGUGAGUCAGAGCUGGAGGCCGAGGAGUGGUGGAAGUUACUGUGUUUGGAGUGUCUGGGCAGCAGACUUAAUGACAUCAGCCUGGGAGAACCGGACUUGUUAGCAGCAGGGGUGCAGAGGGAACAGAACGAAAGAUUUAAUGUUUACUUGAUGCCGACCCCAAACUUGGAUAUCUAUGGAGAGUGCACAAUGCAGAUCACCCACGAGAACAUCUACCUUUGGGACAUCCAUAAUGCCAGAGUCAAGCUGGUCAUGUGGCCACUCAACUCCCUGAGGAGAUACGGCAGAGACUCGACCUGGUUCACAUUUGAGUCUGGAAGGAUGUGUGAUACAGGGGAGGGUUUGUUCACGUUCCAGACCAGAGAAGGCGAGAUGAUCUAUCAGAGAGUUCACUCUGCCACAUUGUCCAUCGCUGAGCAACAUGAACGCAUGAUGAUGGAGAUGGAAAAGAGCUCCCAGACUCUUUCAAACGAGAGCACAUUAACAAAGUCGAUAUCUCUCCCGCGAAGCGCUUACUGGCACCACAUCACGCGUCAGAACAGCGUGGGAGACAUCUGCAAUUACCAAGGUACGAGUUUGACUAUGACGCUCAUUCCACGAGCGCAGACGUUUCAAAGCUUCUUUUCCGAGCAGACGGAGGAGGAACGGAAGCAGGAGGAGCAAGCGACGGCGUCCUCUAGCGGCUGCGACAGGGACUGCAGCAGCUCGCCGCUCCGUUGAUGAAAAGCCACGACUCACGGACAUUCAUUCCAAAGCUUUAGGAAGCUCUUAAUAGACACAUGUACAGUAUGAACUCUCUCUAUAUGUAUGUAUAUGUAUGACUUAAUAAUUAUUUGUAGAACAGUGUGUAUACUAAAAACUCUAGGAGCCUCUUUUUGUACGUCGAAGAGAAAAGGAAAAAAAAAAUGCCAAAAAGUUGUAAAAUAAUCUUUAUUUUCCUUGUGUAGUUUAAGACAAAUGGACUUUCUGGAGUUAUUUUUCAGAUUUACUGUAAAUAUGAAUGCGCUGCAGCGCUGAACACAAGUUUCCUGCAUUUUUGUCUGUCGUCGUGACGCACUUAGAUUCUGUCAAACAAGAGUCUAUCUGUUUGUGAUUUAGCACCCUGCACUUUUAAAUUAGAGCUUGUUUUGCAC